AAAAAAAAUUUUUUUUAAAACUGUCCGGCAUCCGUAGUUUGAUGACGUUACAGCCAACAUGGCGGCGUGCUUCGAAUGAAUGAGCUAAAGGCAAAAACACAACGAACGUGUUUGCGACAAUAUGAACAAACUGCGAAUAAACGGUAUCAGCAGCGUUGUCUUAAACCACGGAGCAUCCACCAAGAAGCAGUUAGAACGAUCAUGUUCAGCAGAGGUUGCUGCUGUGUAAGUCAACGAUGUCAGAGCGGAGGACACAGGAUGUCUCUGCUCCAGAGUUCAGUGGGCUACGGGGCAGUGUUUCCAAACUUUGCAGCAACAACAUACAAGACAUAAAAACAGGACAGCAGCUGUCUGGCACGUCAACAUCGACGAUGUGUAAAGAUUUGCAGAGCCCUAAGCGCAGAGGCUACAGCAGAUACCCCGGCUUGAAUAACGGGGAUUCCCCCGGUGAUGUGGAACCAACACAAGACAUUUUCUGGGAUCCCACAUCGCCCACUUCAGCUAGUACUGGCUCGGGGCCCAGGAACACCAGAGUUGUGGAAAUAUCAGAUAUUGUUAAUCGUAUUGCUCCGAAGGAUGUGAAACGGAAAGGGACUGAAUCUCCUCUGCUGCAGUGGAUAGGUGACAGUGCCGUCCCAUGCACACCCGACAUUCCAAAGCCAAGAGCCAGGAAGAAGUCCUCUCGGCAGAGCAGCGUGGACGACCUCAUGAAACUGGCCAGGCAGUUUGACGAGAACAUGCAGCAGGACAGAGAGACUUCAGAACAGCUUGUCAACACUGUCAACAACAACCUCAACGAAUGUGUGAACACUUCCAAAACAAAACUGACAGAGACAUCAUUCCCAAGCAACGUGAAGGACCUAAAGUGUCCAUCGUCAUCGGAUCAGGUGGAGGCAGACCUGCACGCUCUGUUUGACUGCUCCACUCAGAGAGUCAGCGGCCGGCUAAGCCAGGGCUCCUCCGCAUCGGUCCAUUCACAGGAAACAAAACACCAACCUUUGACUUCAACUUCAGCUGAACCCAGACAACCAGAGCUCAAGUCACCUGACAAGUCUGGCCCAGUUGCACAUCCUGUUGGAGAAAAAGGACCUUGUGAUCUUAGUGUGAACAACUGUGAUGACUUUGAUGAUGACUGGGAGAAUGAUGACCUACUUAAUGACUCUUUUGUGCUGGCGAUGACCCAGAAUCCUGAGCAGCAACAUGACACCAACCCUAAAACCACCUUGCAGUCUGACACUAAGACAAACACUACUCGGUUCCCCUCCGUUUGCAGGCCUACUGCAAAUAUGAACUCUGCACAUCAGCCUUCGAACUUGCACUCAAAGCCAAGUUGCAGUGUACUACAGGAACUGUGUCCCAAGCCAAAGACUACCAACCGAAGCACUUUCAAGUUAGAGCCCAACCCUCACUUCCAGCCCAAGAUGGCUGCCAGAGAGGUUUCCGAGUCCAGCUUCACUGUUAUACAACUUCAGUCAAAGAUGUCUGACCAGAAAUCUGAUACCAAAAAGACAGUGUCCAUUCCUAUUCCUGACAAGAUCCCUAAAUAUCAGAAGGGAACACAUGAAGCUGUUAAAGACAUUUCAGACAGCUUAUGGGAUGAUGGGGACGAUGACGCGCUGCUCUACCAGGUAUGUGACAGCGUGGAGAGGAUCUCCAACAGUCAGCCGCAGCAAGCGAGCCCUAGCAACGGCCAAGAAAAACAAAAUACUGCUGUAGACAGACAGCGAAAAAACCCAGCGCCCCUGCCAAUCGACAUGUCCUGGGCCAUGAAUGCCAGUGCCAAUGGACAGUCUCCACGUACUUUUGUUCGGUUUAACUCAUUACCAGGGACUAGCAGGGACACUGUUAACUACCAAGGAUGGAACAUUCCCAUGAAAGGUGCCAACGACAAAUCCCGGAUGUCUCAGAGCCUCCCAGGAAGCAGUGUGAGUCUGGGCACAUUUAACCAGUGCAGGGAUUCCUCUGGAACUUUCCAGGCUGGGAAUGCUACUGUGGAUCUGAAGCCACAUACAGUGACAGCCAGGGCACCACAGAACUCCAAGUCCCAUCACUCAGCCUUCAAGAGAAAUGUAUCUGACUCAGCAGCUAUAAGCAACAAAGUUUUUGUCACAAGCCAAGUGACGUUGAAGUGCUCUGCAGCCGAGAUUGAGAGAAAGAAGCAGGAGGCCUUGGCCAGGAGGCGACUGCGGAUGCAGAACGCCCCGAAACCCUAGAGGAGCUUCGUCCUGACUGAAGGGAUAUUAUUUUACUUUAAUAAGCCUUCAUAAAACUCAUCAUUCCACUCCAGUGGUUCAGCCACCUCCUUAACAAUAUGUUACCAACGAUGAUAUCAUUUUAGUGUUAAUAGUUCAGUAUUAAAGAUUUAUUACAGAACGGACCAAGUGUCUAUUGAAAGAAGUGAAUGUGUGUUGGAAGAGCUGCUGGAUGUUUUUGCUGCAAAUGUAGAAACAGAUUGAUGCAAGUCUCAGAUCUGGUGCUGGAAUAACAUUAAAAAGAGAUUUGCAUUAGCUUUUUCACAUUCUGACAAAUUGUUUUGACAUCUACUGAGUUUGAAAUAAUUCUAAAUGCUGAAUAAAACAUUAUGUUGUUUUACAGCAAUGUCAUUUCAGCUGUAUGCACAUGUUUUGGUUUAAAAAAAAAAUUUUUUUUGCUGAUGUUUCCUUUUGUUUAAAAGUAGUUUUAUCCAUGUUCCUUGUCAAACUGUAACACCCAGGGCUGAACUAGAAACUACAUUAAAACAGUGUUGAGGCUAUCCAUCAGACAUGUCUAUAAUUUCAUUUGAUUAAGUGAAGGUAGUAACUGUGGUAUUCUCUACUGUAUGUUUUUGUUGAAACUGAUUAUGCGCCUGCAACUUCCAUUGAUGCAUUCUGAAAAUAUUUGACAGUUGUCAUAACUUUGUAAUGAAAAGAUCAUUGCUUUAGUUGAAGUAAAUUGUUGUGUUGUAAUACACUCUCAGACAUUCUUCUUUCCUUUGGGGCCAAACUACAAAUUUAGAAAAUGAGAAAAAAAGGUGUCUGUUAUACCGAGUUGCUUUUUGGCAAUGUUUUUUGUUUGUUUUGUCUUCACAUACUUUGUUUGUGCAUGUCACAUUUUUUUUAUUCUUUGAAUUUUGCACAGGUUAGAAUUUACUGUAAAGACAGUGUUAUGGCCCUUCUCUGUAGGCAUAAUUGAUUGAGUAUUUUUUUUUUUGAUCAGUUGUGUUACUUUAUAGGGAUAGACAGGUGAGACAACAAUCAGGUAACCCUUUGGUUUCUGCCUUAGUAGUUAACAAAUUUAACUCCAGCCCCUGUUACUACACACUUUGUCAUGAUGUUUAUGCCUUGUAUGGACACUUUAUACUAUUACUAGUUUCUAUGCUUUGCUCUUACGGUACCUGCCAAACCCAAAAUAAAGGAAUACACAUUUGAGACUGUGAAUAAACUGCUCCAAUCA